AUGGCGUCCAAUGAUACUGCAAACGGGCAACCUACAGCCCUUGGAACGAGGCAGGUGACAACAUCGAUAGUGGUAAAUGGUGCCAUCUUUUGUGCUUUUGUUGCUGUUUUCCUGGUGCAGCGGUUGAAGCUGAAAAGAAUUUACGAACCCAAAUCGUCCUUUCAUCUGAUCAACGACGAGAAAAAACCAGAACCGUUGCCUCGAGGACUAUGGCAAUGGUUUUUACCCUUGCUGAAAAAAUCAGACAACUUUAUCAUCCAACAAGCUGGUCUGGAUGGAUACUUUUUCAUCCGGUAUCUGUUCAUCAUGGGCAGUUUCCUCACGUUCUCUUGUCUGUAUGUCCUUCCGAUUCUGCUGCCAAUUAAUGCUGCCAAUGGAGUGGCCAAGACCGGUUUGGAAGUUUUGGCUUAUAGCAACGUUGAUAAAAAGGCGCGUUACUACGCGCAUGUUUUCGUAGGCUGGGCUUUCUACUGGAGUUUCAUGUUUGUGGUUUAUCGAGAGCUUGUUUAUUAUACAUCCUUAAGACAAGUGGUUAUGGCAUCUCCUCGGUACGCCAAGAAGUUGUCUUCGCGCACUGUUUUGUUUCAAACAGUCCCUGAUCAGUUUUUGAGUGAGACGGAGUUCACAAAACUCUUUCAAGGUGUAAAGCGUGUGUGGAUCGCUCGGGCAGCCAAAAAGCUGGGCCAAAAGGUCGCAGACCGUGAGAAAAUGGCUUUGAAACUUGAAGCAGCAGAAUGCGCUUUGGUGACUCAAGCAGUGAAGGCAGUGGCCAAAAUUAAGAAAAAGGAUCCUUCUUUUGUACCAACAAACAACAUUUCUGAGUACGUUCCUGCGAAAAAGAGACCACACCACCGUCUCAAGUUUUUGAUCGGAAAGAAAGUAGACACGAUUGAAUACAUCACCGAAGAGUUACCCAAGCUCAACGCGGAAGUGGAGGAGUUGCAGAAAAAUCGACUCGAUGAACGGCCUUUCAAUUCUGUCUUUGUUGAGUUCGACACUCAAUAUGCUGCUCAGAUCGCUACACAAGCAGUAAUCCACCAUGAACCGCUCGCUAUGGUUCCAGCCCACAUUGGAAUUGCCCCAAAAGACGUCAUUUGGUCUAAUCUAAGGAUGUUUUGGUUCGAGAGGGCAUUGAGAAAGUAUAGCGCUCUAGCUGCCAUCGUUGCAUUGGUCCUUCUCUGGACUUUCCCAGUGGCAUUUGUGGGUAUGAUUUCGCAAGUGACGUACCUCACCAAAAAGCUGCCAUGGUUGGGAUUCAUCAACAACAUGCCCGAAAAACUGCGAGGCAUCAUAACUUCAUUGGCACCUACUGUGGCGCUUGCAGUUCUGAUGAUGCUUCUGCCUAUUUUCAUCAGGAGAAUGGCAUGGGUCGCGGGUAGUCCUUCUGUUCAGGAGGUCGAAUACUUCACACAACAAUCGUAUUUCGCAUUUCAGGUUGUCCAGACAUUCCUUGUCACAACAAUCGCUUCCUCAGCCACUGUUGUAAUUCCUGCAAUCAUCUCAAAGCCAACCUCUGCAAUGCAACUCUUGGCUCAGAACCUACCAAAAGCUUCUAACUUUUUCAUCUCCUACAUUCUUCUGCAAGGUUUUUCAAUUUCCUCUGGUGCUUUGCUACAGCUUGUUACUCUGAUCUUGUUUUAUGUCAUGAGUUUCUUGCUGGACAAAACCCCAAGAAAAAAGUGGACGAGAUUUGUCAAUCUGGGCACAAUGGCCUGGGGUACAGCUUUUCCAGUUUACAACGUUUUGACUGUCAUUAUCUUCUCUUAUGCGAUCAUUGCACCAAUCAUCUUGCUGUUUGGCGCGGUGUGCUUUUACCUAUUGUAUGUGGCUUACCUUUACAACUUGACAUAUGUGUUUAAGGAAGCACCCGACAACAGAGGAAAUCACUACCCAAGGGCACUUUACCAGACCUUUGUGGGUCUUUACAUUGGUCAAAUUUGCCUGUUGGGGUUGUUCGUCGUGGGUAAAGGUUGGGGACCAAUCGUUCUGCAGGCCAUCGGUUUGGGCGUGACUACGUUCAUUCACCUUAACUUCAAUUCUUCUUUUGACAGAUUGAUGCGCUACGUUCCAGUUGAUGCCAUGAAACCGCUAGACGGCGUUUCAGACACUCCGUCCUUCAAUAACGAAAUUGGACGUACAAUGAAAACUUUGGGAGGAGUUAAAGAACUCCCCCACUAUCCACUCAGGAAGUACCAACCUCGUCAUUCGCCAAGUGUGGACCAAAAGACGACUAGUGUCAGAAGUGAAAACACAUACGAAAUUGACGGUACUGCAGCGCAAGAGGGUGAAAAUAACAUAGUGACUGUGCCUUUGCUAGCGGAUGGAGAUGACGUCCAAGUGUCACCAGCACCAUUUUGGAAACGUUAUUUUCAACCUCAUGUUUACCUGUCUUAUAAAGCAGUUAAGAGCGUCUUGCCGGAGAUUUACAGUCUUCCUGACCCUAACGAAGAGGUGCCACCUAAUAAUGUCAGACAUGCAUACGACUAUCCUGCGGUUAGCGCUGAAUGUCCACACUUGUGGAUUCCCAGCGAUCCUUAUGGAUUUUCUACAACAGAGGUCUCGAAACUGAGCUCCGUUGUCGAUAUCAGUGAUUUCAAUGCCACGAUCAACGAAAAGGGCAAAAUCUUUUGGGAAACUGGUCCUCCAUCGACCGAAAAACCUGACACCAGAAAGAAAAAUCCGUUUGAUGAGGAAGAUGAGGAUCUCUGA